ACACAACCAUACAGCUAUGAUUUUGAUUGGAGGCCUCACAGGAUUUUGGAUAUUUGCACUGAUGACUCUUCACAGUGCAAAUUUGGGAGAGACCAACCCUCUCAAUGAGCCAGACGUCCCUUUCCCACCUGGCUUUCCAACAGCUGAGAAUAUCGCUGCCAUUUGCCAUCACGGUAACGGUCGUCCCAGAUACCCGGACAGCUUCUUCCCAGGCUCCGGAGUCAGCCACUGGAAACGCCGUGGAAAUGCCAUCAACAAGCUGGAGUCGUGGUACAGUUUGUGCUGCAGUGGAGCGGUAGUGCAUCAGAGCAGCCAGAUCCUCUGCUGUUCCCAACAAGCUUGGAAACAAGCUCUGUCCGAGUUCUGUGUGGCGGAAUAUAGUACCAUGACUCGCGCAUACGAAUGCUGCAGGAAGAAAGGAGACGAACGGUGGUCAUGUUUUGACAGUGAGCUGCCAAACCCCAACUAUGACCCAACACCAGGCUACACUGCACCCCAACUGCCCCUAGAGCUGGGAUUCUCCUUCAAUGCAGAUGCUUGUUAAAGGUGUUCCAAUGAGGACAAGGUGUGCUGGUUUGGUUUAUGCUGAGCCACAGCUUUUAUCUAGACAGCUCCCUACUUCAACCCAGCUUUGUCAAAACAAAAGAAACACAUUUUAAACUGCAUGUCUAAAUGUUCACUGUUGACUCAAACGAAUACUGCACUGAGUGGA